AUGAUCCGCUCGGAGUCGUGUACUCAACCGUUCAAUCCAUCAACGGAGCACGUAUGCGGACGUCCGUUGGGCAUACGUUUCUGUAACAAAACCGGGCAGCUUUACAUUGCCGAUGCGUAUUUGGGCCUACAAGUUGUUGGGCCCACGGGAGGAAUGGCCUCGCCACUUGUAACCGAGGUCGACGGCCAGCGUUUGCGUUUCACGAACGAUUUGGACAUUGAUGAACACGAAAAUGCCGUUUACUUCACGGAUACCAGCACAGAAUUUUACAGAAGGGAAUUCAUGCCGUCGGUUCUAAGCAUAGACAAGACGGGCAAGCUAAUGAAGUACGAUAUAUCAACCAAACGGGUCACACUUUUGUUAAAAGGCAUUGCUUUUGCAAAUGGAGUUGCCCUAAGCAAAGACCGUUCAUUUUUGCUAGUUGCUGAAACAACCACUCGUAAAAUACUCAGAUUUUGGCUCAAGGGCCCGAAUGCAGGUAAACACGAAACCUUUGCCGUGCUCCCGGGCUUUCCAGACAACAUAAGACGAAGCCCGGUUGGUGACUUUUGGGUUGCCCUGCACUCAAAGGUGGGACUUUUCUCGAAAUGGGCCACUUCUUGGUCGUGGGCCGGGAAAAUGAUUUUGAGGCUGCCUUUCGAUUUUAAGCAGCUGCAUUACUUAUUGGUGGGAGGGAAGCCUCACGCGACUGUGGUUAAGUUAAGCAGUGAAGGUGAAAUUUUACGAGUUUUGGAGGAUAUUGACGGGAAGACUUUGAGGUUCGUUAGCGAGGUGGAGGAAAAAGAUGGGAAGCUAUGGAUUGGUUCGGUAUUGGUGCCUUACGUUGGAAUCUACACUUUGUGA